UGAAAUUUAAAUGUGCAAUUGAAUUUACAAACAUUGAACAUUUCCCAAUUAAAGGGCAAUUAAAAAAUUUGAUCUUUUUGGUAUAUAUAUGUAUAAUUUGUUAUCUGAUUAUGCUUAUACAGUCCCAACCAACCAAUUUCCAGCCACGCUUUCAAUAGAAAAGUCUGGAAUUUAAAGCAAUUUUCCAAUUCCAAAGCGCUUCUCUAUUUCUUCUUGUUUUGUUGUUUCUUCCUGAAAACAGGGGUUUUUUCUUUUCUUUUCGUUUCUUUUCUUUUCUCACUUUUUUUCAGUAGACAUAUUCUGAGAAUCUUCUUCACCCUCCAUUAUUUUUGCUCUGUUUUCUCUCUUUCUUUCUCUCUCUAGCUUUCUGCUUUCUUCUGUUACUUUGGAUACCCACCUACUCCAAGUUGAAGAAAAACUGAACCACCAAACUUCUCACAGCCCUUUUUAUUUUCUUCUUUCUUUUUAUUAUCGUCAUGUGUGUGACGGAUGCAGAACAGGCUGGGACUGAGAGACCAAAUUCUGGGGUUAAUAAUAGCAAGCCAUGGCCUAUGCAUUGUGAAUUUUUGCAAAAUCAGAUGGGGAAUCCUGAUAAGGAGCCUGCUCUUACUGGAACUAGCGACCAAACUCGCUCUGGGAAUUCUUUUCCUCUUGAAAGCAUUUCUGAGGAUGCUGCAGUUAUAGACAGGAAAGAGAAUCCAUCUACUUUUGUUCCGUCUCUUAGAUCAGGAGAAUGGUCUGACAUCGGAAAGCGUCCUUAUAUGGAGGACACUCAUGUAUGCAUUCAUGACAUGGCUAAGAAGUUUGGCUGUAGUUUUCUGAAUGAGGAAGCUGUCUCCUUCUAUGGUGUAUUUGACGGUCAUGGAGGAAAAGGCGCUGCACAAUUUGUUCGUGACCACUUGCCGAGAGUCAUUGUUGAAGAUUCUGACUUUCCUUUAGAGCUUGAAAAGGUGGUCACAAGGUCAUUUAUGGAGACUGAUGCAGCUUUUGCUAGAUCUUGCACUCUUGAAACAUCUCUAUCUUCUGGCACAACUGCACUGACUGCAAUGAUCUUUGGAAGGUCUUUGCUCGUAGCAAAUGCUGGCGAUUGCCGAGCCGUACUGUCAAGACAAGGGUGUGCAGUAGAAAUGUCUAAAGACCACAGGCCAUGCUGCACAAAAGAAAGAAAGCGAAUUGAGGCCUUGGGCGGAUUCAUUGAUGAUGAUUACCUAAACGGCCUGCUCGGUGUUACACGUGCUAUAGGCGAUUGGCAUCUUGAAGGAAUGAAGGAGAUGAGUGAAAGAGGUGGACCAUUAAGUGCUGAACCCGAACUUAGAUUAAUGACAUUGACAAAGGAGGACGAGUUCUUGAUCAUAGGUAGUGAUGGAAUAUGGGAUGUCUUCACAAGUCAAAACGCUAUCGAUUUUGCUCGGAGAAGGCUCCAAGAGCACAAUGAUGUGAAAGUUUGCUGCAAGGAAAUAGUAGAGGAAGCCAUAAAGAGAGGAGCAACAGACAAUUUAACAGUAGUGUUGGUUAGCUUUCAUUUGGAGCCUCCUCCACCUGUAGUUUUUCAAAGGCCAAGAUUUAGAAGAAGCAUUUCUGCUGAGGGACUUCAGAACCUCAAAUUUCUUCUAGAAGGUGGAGAUAUCUUUGUUUUCUUUUGCUGAUUACCUAAAAUGACCGCCAAGAACUUGCAGUUUUUCAUCAUGUGAAGUAUAUUGAAAAAAUAUGGCUAAAUAUCCUUGAACUUUGUACUAAAUAUAUCGCUCUUAAACUUUCGAGUUUAAAAAUAUUAUUACCUAACA